UCUCUCUUCUUCCUCAUUUCUCAAAAAAGACAUUCUCUCUCAUUGGAGGAAAUCAUGGCAAACUCGGCAUCUGGAAUGGCGGUGAGCGACGAGUGUAAAAUCAAGUUCUUAGAGCUAAAAAAGAGGAACUACCGGUUCAUUGUCUUUAAGAUCGAGAAUCAAGAUGUUGUGGUGGACAAACUCGGGAGCCCCGGCGAAACCUACGAUGAUUUCACUGCUUCUUUGCCUGACAAUGAGUGCCGCUAUGCUGUCUAUGAUUUCGAUUUCAUAACCGAUGAGAACUGCCAGAAAAGCAAGAUUUUCUUCAUCGCCUGGUCACCGGAUACAUCAAAGGUGAGGAGUAAGAUGGUGUAUGCGAGCUCGAAAGAUAGAUUCAAGAGGGAAUUAGAUGGCAUUCAAGUGGAGUUGCAAGCAACUGACGCUAGUGAAAUGAGCCUCGAUAUCGUAAAAGCACGAGCUCUUUGA